GGAGGAGGGUUCCGCUUUUUCAUUGCAAUGGGGGGAAGAAAGUGCUGGCAGGAGAAUCAUGUCUGCCUCCGACUCGAGCGCUACAGGACUCAUCUGCAACAAGGGUUCAGCCGAUUCAUACACUAGUCGACCCUCUGAUUCCGACCUGUCCCUGGAGGAGGACCAGGAGGCGUCUCGGCGUGAAGCCGAGCGCCAGGCUCAGCUGCAGCUGGAGAGAGCCAAGUCUAAACCAGUAGCAUUUGCAGUUAGAACCAAUGUGAGUUACUGUGGGGCCCUUGAUGAAGACUGUCCUGUCCAAGGUGCUGCAAUUAACUUUGAAACCAAAGACUUUCUGCACAUAAAAGAGAAAUACAACAAUGACUGGUGGAUUGGUCGGCUGGUGAAGGAAGGAGCAGACAUCACUUUCAUCCCGAGUCCAGUAAAACUGGAGGCCAUGAGGAUAAAACAAGAGCAGAAAGCAGCAGCUAGGAAAGGAGGGAACGCGUCAUCCGGAGGCUGGAGGUCCACCCCUCCAUCUGCAGCCAAACAGAAGCAGAAACAGACUGAACAUGUCCCUCCAUAUGAUGUGGUUCCUUCAAUGCGGCCGGUGGUGCUGGUGGGCCCUUCGCUGAAAGGCUACGAGGUAACAGACAUGAUGCAGAAAGCUUUGUUUGACUUCCUAAAGCACCGAUUUGAUGGCAGGAUCACUAUAACUCGGGUGACUGCUGAUCUGUCAUUGGCAAAGCGCUCAGUGCUGAACAAGAAACCCAUAAUGGAGAGAUCCAACACACGCUCUAGUCUGGCUGAGGUCCAGAGUGAAAUAGAGAGGAUCUUUGAGCUGGCCAAGUCUCUUCAGCUGGUUGUCCUGGAUGCAGACACCAUCAAUCACCCAGCACAGCUCCUCAAAACUUCUCUGGCUCCCAUCAUUGUCUACGUCAAAGUCUCCUCACCUAAAGUUCUUCAGAGGUUGAUUAAAUCUCGAGGGAAAUCACAAAGCAAACACCUCAACGUCCAGAUGAUGGCGGGUGACAAGCUCGCUCAGUGUCCGCCUGAGAUGUUUGAUGUCAUCCUGGAUGAAAAUCAGCUGGAAGAUGCAUGUGACCACCUCGCAGAGUACCUGGAAAUUUAUUGGCGUGCUACACAUCUCCCCUGUUCUGCCCCAGUUAACCCCUUACUGGACCAAAGUGUGAUAACUCCACCUUCCGCUAACUCCAGCCAACAGUUUUCUGAGACUCAAGAGUUGAUAGAAUGAGGACUACUGCAAACACAGAGUGGUGUGCUGUCAGCUGGGGUCAGACAAAAAGUCAUAGAGCACAGGGACCAGGGCACCACCAGGGGGGCAGCAGCAGUCCUCAUCUCUCCAAACCUAGCCACCACCUUCUCCAGCCACACCUGGGGCAAAGAAGAGUGCAAGAGCAGAGUACCAUGAGUGAGAAAGAGCAGGAGGCUGGUGAGCUGGAAGGAGAGAAGAUGCAAAAAACAGGAAAAGGAGCAGAAAGAGCAGAGUGAUAUGAUCAAUGCUGCAACAGUCAGAGGAGCCUCCACCGCACUGCUGCCCCUCGGCAAGAGCUCCCCGCUCCCACCAUCACGCGACAACUCAGGGCCGAUUUCUACAACUCCACAUGCACUGGUAUUAAACAACAACAACAACAACAAACAGUGUAGCAGUGCAGUUACAACUCACUAUCUGCCCCCUCUCUCAUUUUUUCUUCUCACCCUGACCUUAAAAUUGUACCCAGCUCCCUGCUUUUGCAUUUGAAGUCACAUCUCCCACCCGACAAAGGUGAGCCAGCCUAUGUUCACAAAGGCUGAUUCGCCUCUCACUGAGCUACAUUACACACCUGUGAAGUCAGAGUAUGUUAGCCUAUAGUCCUGUAGCAUAGCAAAGCUAUCAGUAUAAAAUGUAUACACCCUCCCAACACAGGGUACCCAGGGGGUUUGUGACUGAUACCACUCACUUCCCUCUCUGGCCAAAGAAUGCAGAGUGUGACAGAAAAUCAACUCUGUAUGUCUUCCAUCUCUGCAGCUCCCUGUGAGCUGUCAUUCCAAAUGUUUAACCAAAACUUUUCUCAGAGGCACAAAUGCAAUGUCAGAGGCAUCGUGUCUUCACCUGUGUUAGAGGACUCUUACUUUCCCUUACUUUCACUUUUUAUUUAUCCUGUACCCUUUUUGUGUUCUUUUUUCCUAUUUACCUUUUUAAAGUAACUCGCUAUACUACUAUUUAUUUGUGUGCUCACUCUCAGUGUCACUGGUUGCAUAACUGUACACAACAGUAAUGCUAAACACGUGUAUAACAAGCACAGACAUGCACACAGUCUAUAUGAACCUUUGUUACAGCUGUGAAUGUAUAAAUGCUGGUCCACUAGCUUAGGAAGGAUUCAUUACAAUAACUGUGGUUUGCAGAUGGCUGGAGGCAAAUCCAACUUAUAACUUCUCUGAGACAAGAAGCCUCUUCUCACAUCUAAAUAUUCAUAGCAAUUACACUUUAUGUUCUUUACUGUAUUUAUAUGAUUUGCCCACCCCAAUGAAAGAUUUUAAAAUUUUCUUUCUAAAAUAGUUUUGUCCCAGAAACAAAUUUGGACCAUAACAGAUGAACUGUGUUUAUUAUGGGUUACUCCACAGUUGCGCCGGUCUUAGGCCCAACGUUAAAACGCUCAUGGAGAUGGUUUUAAAGUAAAACUUUCUAAACCAUCUUUCUUCCUUUCUUUCUUUCUUACUUUCUUUUUUUUUUUUUUGGUGUAAUUUGACCUUUAUAACCAAUUUUUUAAAAUAAUUUUUGAGCAAUGACUGCAAAUACCUAUUUAGGUGUCCAAAGAUGUAAAAGAAAAAUAGAAAUUAGGAAAAUUAAUGAUUUCCAACAACAUCUGUAGACUAAUAACAGUUAAAUAUUACCUCAGUGUGUCUUCUGAAUGUCAUGCUUGGUGAUAUUAGCUCUAAGCUACAAUAAGCACAUCACCGUAAGCUACGCAGUCAGGAACGUGGUUAUUUAUUACGUUCAAGACUUUACUGUUACUUUGUGGUGCAGUGGUAAUUAAAGAAGUGGGUGAAUUACACCUUUAGUGGACGUUAAAAUGAAGUUUCUCUGUGAAAAAGAAGCUGUGUGCGCCCAUUCCACCACACCACUGAGAAGACCUCAUCUCCUCUAAAGGUACAUUUAAGGUCUCUGAGCACAUGAACAGAUUGUAAAGGUUUACUUCCUGAAUUGCCUGGUAAAGUAUUUUAUUAUCAUUUGGCAUGAGGGUGACCUCUGGUGAUGUAUUUAUGUUAGUACCAAGUCUUAUAUCCAAUGCUUAUUCUCUGCCCACAAAGCAGGAUAUACAUUAUUUAUGCAGUCACAUAAAUCCAAAAUAUGUCAGAUUUCCAGAGCUGGCAUACAGCCACCAGUCUACUCUUAUUUGCCUCCAAAUGAAUGCAUCUCAGUAAGCACUUUGAUUCUCACAUUAAUGCCACUGCUUGUGUCAUUUAAAGCUACAGAAUUCAGCUAAUAUACCAUACGUAUAAAUAAUCUAAUAUAUGUGCAUGAAAUAUUGUAUUCCUGUUUCAUCAGAAGGGCUUUUUAGGAUCAUCAUCGAUCAUCAUCACAUGAGCCGUUCACUCUUCAGAGUAAAUCAGCGUGACCUAUGUAACCAGUUACAUAUGCAUUAUAAAGGCUUACAUGUAAAUACUGUAUAUUAAAUAUGCAGAUACUAUUAUUAUUAGCAAAUUGCACAGUAGCAGCAAAUGCUGAUGGGUUUUAGCCAGUACACAAUCUAUAUUCAACGCCUCAGAAAGCAUGUGUUUAAAUGUAAUGUUUUUUUUUUUUAUUAAGAAUGGUGCACAGCUUAUACAGGAUCACUAUUAAGGUUGCUUCCACUGACACCCACAUUCAUUUCUGAAGGAUCAGGUUUGAGAUGUAUAGCUUGUACUUGAUGAAGCACAGAGAGCACAGUACCUUCUUUCGAUAAAACCUUCUCAGCUUCUCCUGUUGCUUAAUUUUUAUUGCAAGAAAUUUAUACAGAAGUGAAUUAUUCUUCUUUGGUUGUCCAAAGCACAAUUUUUUACAAUUAUCAUUUCCUAUUGCGUUUCACUUGCCUAAAUUCUGUAUGCAAUACAAAGUUUAGCAUCAACGAGACACUAGCUGAGACUAUCAAGAUAUCUCCUCAGUUAUGAUGGAGUUUAAUUGCACUACUAUCAUUUAUAUAUAUAUGCUUUUUGAUGCAAUAAAUGCACUAAACAUUAUGCUGUACCACCUCCAAUACAGAAAAAAGUGUCUGACUUAAUGAUGAUGUCAACAUUUCUCAUCGUUUCUGGCAAGUCCACAAGAUAAAUGAUAUCCAACAGUGUCUGAUGGUGAUGUGAACCGGCUGCAUCUUUUGUUAAUAGCACACAUGAAGCAGGAGGUGAAUUAAAAAAAAAACAUUUAAUUAA